AUGUUUCAAUCUCUGAAAUGGCAGUCCACCACGUAUCAGCCUCUUCUCUCUGAACAAGUUCUGGAGAUGCCCAUUGCUGAUGGUAUCUCAGAAUCCGAGACUCCCCUUUCAAAUAUUUCCCUGUCGGAACACUUGAAAAAGAACACCUCCAGAAUUACCAAAUCAUCUGUUUCUUCAUCAUCAGAUCAGCAGAAUACUGAGAACAAUUGCGAACGAGAAUGUUCCAUUCAAGUGGAACAUGUUGAGCAAUUGGAACUUCCUCACAAACUAGUUCUAUUACUUCAUAACGUGUUAUUGAAAGAUGAAUGUCAAUUGAUGAUCGAAUUGAGUGAGAAAAUGGGUUAUGAAGAUGCCGAUUCCUACUGUUUUGCAUAUAAUGAUCGUUUUAAUGAUAGAUUAAUGGUUGAUGAUCAAAACCUCACUGAUCUGAUUUGGAAUCGAAUGAAAGAUCAUUUACCACAAGUCAUUGCAGGAAUGAAAUUGAAAGGAUUAAACUCUCGAUGGAGAUUGUGUAAAUACAAGCCAGGACACUACUUUGGAGUGCAUACCGAUGGUUCCUAUCAAGAUCGUAAGACCAAUAGUGUCAGUUGUUUGACCUUUAUGAUUUAUUUGAAUUCCCAAUUGGAAGGUGCUUACAAAGGAGGAGCCACCAUUUUCUUUGACAGAAAGAGAGGUGAAAAGGCACGAAUUGUACAACCAUCUGGAACAGCCAUUGUAUUUUUACAGGAAGAUAUGGACAUGCUGCAUUGUGGACAAAAAGUUGAGAGUGGUGUUAAAUAUAUUUUGCGGACCGAUGUCAUGUACAGCAUCGUACACUCAACGAAUAACUAG